AUGAAGAGUCUCAUAGAUAGAAAGGACGUAAAAAUAUUAAGAAGAUUAACUGCUCGCAUAAUUGAGGGUAAGGUCGAAGCACCGAAGAGCCUUAUGGAAGCGGCCUUUGAAUUCCAUCUCAAAUAUGUCCCUUUAUUAUCUGAAGGACAGCAUUCCUUGGAUGAUGUGCUGGAUUAUAAUUCUUUGGUGACAAUGUUGCGGGCUGGCAUCUCUGUCGAUGCAGCGUUAACACAGCUCUCAGCUGAAAAGGUGAAAGAUAUUCUAUCGUUGGGCUUAGCUAUUGAGAACAUUCCUGAUGAGAUUUUAAAUCUGAUUGGGCUCUUGAUUUCCUCGAAAUUGAAAGAUGUUGAAGAAGAACUAUUGGUUUCGAUCGCUGCUAUAUUUGAGAAGUGCGUCAGUGGAGGAUAUCGUGCAAAGCUGUUGUUAGUUGCUGCACAAGCCUUGGAGAUGUUUGGACACACUGAUAAGGAAAGGGAUGUUGUUAGUCUUUGCUUCAGCAUGCUUUCUGUCAUGGAAAUCACUGGUUCUGACUUUGAAUGCAUUCGAAGUGUUCAAAGAGUGCUGGAUAACGCAAUGCGUUACGCUCACCCAUCUGUCAAUAAUGACCAGUGCAGCGUUUUUGCGUGA